GCACGCACAGUAACCAUGGCCGCCGAGGCAGUCCCGCGGGCCGCCGCGCCGGCGCGCCGGCCGUCCGUCGCCGCCGCCGCUUCCGCCUCGCGCCUCCUCCUCGGCCAGCGCCCCUUCCUCGCGCCGUCCGCGCCCCGCUUCGCCGCCGGGCGCGCCGCGGUGGCCGGCCCGGCCGCCGGGCUCCGCCCGUGCACGCGCAGGCCGCGCCUCUCGGUCGUCGCCAUGGCCGGCAAUGAUCGCCAGGUACCUUUGGAGGAUUACCGCAAUAUUGGUAUUAUGGCCCAUAUUGAUGCUGGGAAAACAACAACUACAGAGCGCAUUCUUUAUUACACUGGAAGGAACUACAAAAUUGGUGAGGUUCACGAGGGAACAGCUACUAUGGACUGGAUGGAGCAAGAACAGGAGAGAGGAAUAACCAUUACAUCUGCAGCAACCACUGCUGUCUGGGACAAACACAGAAUCAACAUCAUUGACACUCCUGGGCACGUCGACUUCACUCUUGAGGUUGAACGUGCUCUCAGGGUGCUGGAUGGUGCUAUAUGUCUCUUUGACAGUGUUGCUGGGGUGGAACCACAAUCUGAAACUGUGUGGCGCCAAGCAGAUAAGUAUGGAGUUCCACGGAUAUGUUUCGUGAACAAAAUGGAUCGCCUUGGAGCUAACUUUUAUAGAACUAGGGACAUGAUAGUGGCAAACUUGGGUGCAAAUCCUUUGGUGAUACAGUUGCCGAUAGGCUCAGAGGACAAUUUCCAAGGAGUUGUUGAUCUAGUCAGAAUGAAGGCUAUUGUAUGGACAGGAGAGGAACUUGGUGCACAAUUUUCAUACGAAGACAUACCUGCUGAUCUCGAAGAAAUGGCUCAAGAAUACAGAGUGCGCAUGAUAGAAACUAUUGUUGAAUUGGAUGAUGAAGCUAUGGAGGGCUAUCUGGAAGGAAAUGAACCAGACGAGGAAACUGUGAAGAAAUUAAUCAGAAAAGGAACAAUAGGUGCCAGCUUUGUCCCCAUUUUAUGUGGUUCAGCAUUCAAAAACAAGGGUGUUCAGCCAUUGCUUGAUGCUGUUGUUGAUUACUUGCCAUCGCCACUUGACCUGCCACCAAUGAAAGGCACUGACCCAGAAGACCCUGAAUUGGUUCUUGAAAGACUUCCUAGUGAUGAUGAGCCAUUUUCUGGGUUAGCUUUCAAGAUCAUGACUGAUCCAUAUGUGGGGUCAUUAACAUUUGUCCGGAUAUACUCAGGGAAGCUGGCUGCUGGUUCAUACGUUCUCAAUGCAAACAAAGAUAGGAAGGAGAGAAUCGGCAGGCUUCUGGAGAUGCAUGCAAACAGUAAGGAGGAUAUAACAGUUGCUGUGACAGGUGACAUAGUAGCCCUUGCUGGUCUGAAAGAUACAAUUACUGGUGAAACACUAUGUGACCCAGAUAACCUUGUAGUGCUUGAACGCAUGGAAUUCCCUGAUCCUGUCAUUAAGGUUGCUAUUGAACCAAAGACCAAAGCUGAUGCUGACAAAAUGGCAAAUGGAUUAAUAAAGCUUGCUCAGGAAGAUCCAUCAUUCCACUUCUCUAGGGACGACGAAACCAACCAGACAGUUAUUGAAGGGAUGGGAGAAUUACACCUUGACAUCAUUGUGGACAGAUUAAAGAGAGAGUUCAAGGUUGAGGCAAAUGUUGGAGCUCCACAAGUCAACUACCGUGAAAGUAUUUCCAAAAUUGCAGAGACUCAUUAUGUCCACAAAAAGCAGUCUGGUGGAUCAGGGCAGUUUGCAGAUAUUAUUGUGCGGUUUGAGCCUAUGGAAGCUGGAACUGGGUAUGAAUUCAAGAGUGAAAUAAAGGGAGGGGCAGUGCCAAAAGAAUACAUACCAGGCGUGAUGAAGGGAAUUGAAGAAAGCUUACCCAACGGUGUUCUUGCUGGUUACCCAGUUGUGGAUUUACGAGCGGUGCUGGUUGAUGGAUCCUACCAUGAUGUUGAUUCAAGUGUCCUUGCAUUCCAAAUUGCAGCCCGGGGGGCCUUCCGUGAAGGAUUGAGGAAAGCUGGCCCGCGACUCCUGGAACCUGUAAUGAGGGUUGAAGUGAUUACCCCUGAGGAGCAUUUGGGUGAUGUUAUUGGUGAUUUGAACUCUAGAAGAGGACAAGUUAACAGCUUCGGGGACAAGCCUGGUGGACUGAAGGUGGUUGAUGCAUUUGUGCCGCUUGCCGAGAUGUUCCAGUAUGUAAGCACUCUGAGGGGAAUGUCCAAGGGGCGUGCUUCGUACACGAUGCAGCUCGCCAAGUUUGACGUCGUCCCACAGCAUAUCCAGAACCAGCUGUCUGCGGCAAAACAAGAGGAGGCUGCUGCUUAAUUUUUCGGUGCAUUUGGUAGAUAUAUACAUUGGCCACGGGAGAGCAAGUGAAUAGGACAUCAAGGUGUAUGUAGCUUUGUAGUAUGGAACCCAGCGGGCGUUAAUUGCCAUUGUUUUCAGACCUGAUAAAGUCAUAUUUUUUUACAACCUGUUAAUGUCACAAUGACCUUUGUAGCUUCACACAAUCGUGAGAACUGUUCACUAUAAAUUUUGCUUCCUUGCUUCA